UCACAAUUACUGUGUCUGAUGUUUGAUUUCUCCGACAGACUUGGCAUUGGGAAAUAACAGUAAUGAUCAAGACUUUGUCUCUGGCUUCUGCUCGCAUCUUCUUCUCCAGAACCUCUCCAGCCAUUUCUAUUCGCUGCUGUAAGCUCUCUUCAUCGCAUCGUCGGGAGUUCACUACUGUGAUGGCCAGUGGAAGCGACGAGUUCGUGAAAGGACAUGUUUAUCCAAAUGGAGUUGCUUUCAUCACUCUUGAUCGGCCUAAAGCUCUUAACGCCAUGAAUCUAGAAAUGGAUUUGAAGUACAAGAGCUUGCUUGAUGAAUGGGAAUUUGAUCCUAGAGUCAAAUGUGUUAUCGUAGAAGGAAGCACACCUCGGGCCUUUUGUGCUGGAGGUGAUGUGAAGGAGAUUACUACCAAAAAUCAGUUGUCUGAUAUGAUAGAGGUAUUUACAGCUGAGUAUGGCCUUAUAUGCAAGAUUGCUGGAUACAAAAAACCAUAUGUCUCUUUAAUGGAUGGCAUAACAAUGGGCUUUGGUAUUGGUCUUUCUGGACAUGGCCGCUACCGGGUGAUAACAGAGAGGACGGUCCUCGCAAUGCCAGAAAAUGGAAUAGGCUUGUUUCCAGAUGUUGGUUUUUCAUAUAUAGCAGCUCAAAGCCCUGGUAGAGGAUCUACUGGUGCUUACCUUGGUAUGACUGGGAGAAGAAUUUCCAAACCUUCAGAUGCACUGUUUGUGGGCCUCGGAACACAUUAUGUACCAUCUGAAAAACUAGGUUCACUAAAAGAAGCCAUUUUGUCAGCCGACCUUUCCCAAGAUCCCCAUCAAGACAUCCAAUCAACUUUAUCAAAUUACAGCAGUGGUCCUGAAUCUGAAUCCCACCUCAAAAUGUUUUUGCCUCAGAUAGAAUCAGCUUUUAGUGCAAGUAAGUCUGUUAAGGAAACAAUAGAAGAGCUGAAGAAGUACCAGCAGAGCACUGAAGCUUCAGUUGCAGAAUGGGCUAACGAAACACUCGAAGGCCUUGUGAAAGGGGCACCGUUUUCUCUUCACCUAACGCAUAAGUACUUCUCCAAAGUUCUUUGUGCAAAGGGUAAAACUGACAACGAGAUGGCAACGCUUAAUGGUGUGAUGAAAACUGAGUACCGUAUUGCUCUAAGAUCUGCUUUGCGCAGUGAUUUCACUGAAGGUGUUAGAGCAGUCUUGGUUGACAAAGACCAGAAUCCAAAAUGGAAACCAGCAAGCUUAGACGAGGUAGAUGAGACAGAAGUGGAUUCUCUCUUUAAGCCAUUAAGUCCUGGACUGGAAGAGCUAAACGUAUGAAAAAGCGACUUACCAAACAACAUACGAUACUUGCUUACCUUACCUCAUGGAUUGGUGGAUUAUUGUGUUGCAGCUUUUUAAAUAUUUUGUUCAACUCGUAGAUUAGUAAAUAUUUUCUAAUAAGUUGUCUCUCUUUACUUUUACGGCAUAGUGUGUUACCAUCAAUUCAUAUAUUUACAGGAUUUUAUCCUUCUCAAA